AUGGGCUCCGCAACAUUUGAGCUUGCCGGUCGGCAGUUCCCACGUGUAACAUGGUGGAAAAAUCCCGGCAUGCGCAAAACCUACAUCUGUCUGAUGUUCGUGGUGUUGACUUCGGCCACCAAUGGUUACGACGGAUCCAUGAUGAACGGGCUGCAGACCCUGGACUACUGGCAGGAGUAUUUCAACCACCCGUCGGGCUCGCUCUUGGGUAUUCUCAGUGCGAUCAUGUCGCUGGGGUCAUUGGCCGCCUUGCCCGUUGUGCCUUAUGCUGCCGAUCUGCUGGGGCGUCGAAUGGGCGUCUUAAUCGGCUGUACGAUCAUGAUUCUGGGGGUUGUCCUGCAGAGCAUUAGUGCCAACUACGGCAUGUUUUUGGCCGCUCGAUUCCUGAUCGGAUUUGGAGUAGCCAUUGCCCAUGGUGCCUCUCCUUUGCUGAUUACCGAGCUGGUCCACACGCAACAUCGCGCCGUUUUUACCACCAUCUACAACACCACGUGGUACCUGGGUUCCAUUGUCGCAGCAUGGCUUACGUUCGGCACCAACAACAUCAAGAGCGACUGGGCGUGGCGCGCUCCGACCGUCGUCCAGGCCGUGCCAUCCGUUCUUCAGAUCAUCUUCAUUUGGUUCGUUCCCGAGUCGCCUCGAUUCUUAAUCUACAAGGGCAAGAACGAGCAGGCGCUGAAAGUGUUGGCCGAUUGCCACGCCAAUGGUGACCAAAUGGAUGAGGUGGUGCAGCUGGAGAUGCACGAGAUCCAGGAGACCAUCCGCCUGGAGAAGGAGUACGAGAGCAGCAACUGGAUGGAGCUGAUCCGCACCAAGGGCAACCGCCACCGUAUGAUCAUCUGUAUCUCGGCCGGUCUGUUCUCGCAGUGGUCCGGCAACGGCCUGGUGUCGUACUAUAUCGCCAAGAUCCUGGAGUCGAUCGGCUACACCAGCUCCGUCCAGCAGAACCUGAUCAACGGCUGUCUGCAGAUCAUGAACUUCAUCGUCGCUCUGACGAUGUGCUUCUUCGUGGACAAGAUCGGUCGCCGCAAGCUCUUCCUCAUCUCCACUGCCGGCAUGCUGGUGGCGUUCAUCGUCUGGACGAUCUGCUCCGCUCGCUACGACAUCUCGCACACGUCCGGCACGGCCAACGCGGUCAUCGCGAUGAUCUACGUCUACUACCUCUUCUACAACGUUGCCUGGUCCGGCCUGCUGGUCGGAUACACGGUGGAGAUUCUCCCGUACAGCAUCCGUGCCAAGGGCAUGACCGUGAUGUGGUUCUGUAUCGAUGCUGCGCUCUUCUUCAACCAAUAUAUCAACCCGAUCGCGCUGGACAACAUCGGCUGGAAAUACUACAUCUUCUACUGCGUGUGGCUCGGCUUCGAACUGGUCGUCGUCUGGUUCUUCUACAUCGAGACGCGCAACACGCCGCUCGAGGAAAUCGCCAAGUACUUCGACGGCGACAACGCGAUGGUCGGCGGCGUCGCCGGCACCCAGAAGGCCAAGGAGCUGGCCACGACGCUGUCGGUCGAGGAGACGGUCACCAGCACGGAGAAGGUCAGCGUGGUGAACGAGAAGCCUCCCCCCAAACAGACCCGCGCCGCCAAACAAGCCCUCAUCGUGGCGCACCUGCAGUCAACCCAGACCUGCCACACGCUGAAAGAACUUGAGAAAUCCUUACCCGCAGUGGCCUCGGUGCACGCGAUGCAGGUGAAAGAGCACCUCCAGGAACUGGCGGACGAGGGCCGGAUCCGCGUGGAGAAGAUCGGCAGCGGGAACUGGUACUGGAGCUUUGCGGGGGACGAGCGACGCGAGAAGGAGCGGGUACGCAGCGAGUUGCUGAGCGAGGUGGGGAGGGCGCGGGCUGCGUGUGAGAAGACCGAGGGGAAAUUGGCGGCGCGCAGGCUGCAGAUGGAGCGGGAGCGGGAGGACUACGACCAGGGAGAUCAGGGACGGGAGCAGGGGGAGAAGAUGGGGGAUGAGAAAGGGGAAGAGAAGGGCGAAGAGGUGGAAGCCGUGAGAAAUGCGUUGAUGAAACAAAAGGCGGCGCUGGAAGCCGAGUGCAGGCGGGUUCGGGGCCAGGCGAAAGCGCAGGCAGAUCGGGGAAAAAGCGUGCCGGAGAUGAAGGCAGAGACGGAGAGAUUCCGAGCAGCAGCGCAGAUGUGGACGGAUAACGUCUUCGUGCUGGAGGCAUACGUCCGUCGCUUGGCCGGGGGGGAUCGGGAGAUUCUGACGGCGCUGCAGCAGGAAUGUUACGGGGGGGAGUACGUGGACGGCGAGGGAUUGCGCGAGUUGCCGGAGGAUUAA